ACUACAAACGUUGCAAGCAGCUCUAAAACAGGAGAAGCAACAACAUCAGAUAAAAUUUCAACUUCUGGAACAGUGACUACGGUAGUAACAAGCAGCUCUAAAACAACAGAACCAACAACAUCAGAUCAAAGUUCAGUUUCUAGAACGGUGACUACAUCAGGUCAAACUUCAACUUCUGGACCACUGACUUCGGAAGAUGCAAGCAGUUCUGUAGCAACAGAACCAGCAACAUCAGAUCAAACUUCAACUUCUAGAACAGUGACUACGGAAGUUUCAAGCAGUUCUGUAACAACAGAACCAACAAUAUCAGGUCAAACUUCAACUUCCGGAACAAUGACUACGAACGUUGCAAGCAGCUCUGUAACAACAGAACUAACAACAUCAGGUCAAACUUCAACUUCUAGAACAGUGACUACGGAAGUUUCAAGCAGCUCUAAAACAACAGAACCAACAACAUCAGGUCAAACUUCAACUUCUAGAACAGUGACUACGGAAGUUUCAAGCAGUUCUGUAACAACAGAACCAACAACAUCAGGUCAAACUUCAACUUCUGGAACAGUGACUACGGAAGUUUCAAGCAGUUCUGUAACAACAGAACCAACAACAUCCGAUCAAACUUCAACUUCUGGGACAGUGACCACGAAAGUUGGAAGCAGCUCUGUAACAACAGAACCAACAACAUCAGGUCAAACUUCAACUUCUAGAACAGUGACUGCUAUAGUUGCAAACAGCUCUGUAACAACAGAACCAACAACAUCAGAUCAAACUUCAGCUUCUGGAACAGUGACUACGGAAGUUACAAGCAGCUCUAAAACAACAGAACCAACACCAGCAGGUCAAAAUAUUACUUCAGGAACAGUGACUUCGGAAGUUACAAGCAGCUCUGUAACAACAGUACCAACAACCUCAGGUCAAACUUCAACUUCUAGAACUGUGACUACGGAAGUUACAAGCAGCUCUAAAACAACAGAACCAACAACAUCAGGUCAUACUUCAUCUUCCGGAACAAUGACUACGGAAGUUGCAAGCAGCUCCUUAACAACAGAACCAAUACCAGCAGGUCAAAAUAUUACUUCAGGAACAGUGACUUCGGAAGUUGCAAGCAGUUCUGUAACAACAAAACCAAUAACAGCAGGUCAAACUUCAACUUCUGAAACAUUGACUGCUAUAGCUGCAAACAGCUCUGUAACAUCAGAACCAACAACAUCAGAUCAAAGUUCACCUUCUGGAACAGUGACUACGGAAGUUGUUGGAAGCAGCUCUGUUACAACAGUACCAACAACCUCAGGUCAAACUUCACCUUCUAGAACUGUGACUACGGGAGUUACAAGCAGCUCUAAAACAAUAGAACCAACAACAUCAGGUCAUACUUCAACUUCUGGAACAGUGACUUCGGAAGUUACGAGCAGUUCUGUAACAACAGAACAAACAACUUCAGGUCAAACUUUACCUUCUGGAACUGCGACUUCUACAGUUGCAAGCAGUAUUUUAACUACAGAACCAACAACAUCAGGUCAAACCUCAAAUUCUGAAACAGUGACUUUUAAAAGUGCAACGACUCCUUUAACAAGCAGCACUGCAAUAGCCACAGCGUAUCCGACGGUAAAACCUGACACUGAUAAAGCGGUCUAUGUUUUUAACUUUGAAUUGACGAUAAAUGGGAACUUCUCUUCGAAAUUACAAGACGAUGAUGGAUUCAUUUACUCAUUAAAUAAAACGUUACUGGACAAUAUUUUCUCGGACAUACCAGGCGUAAAACUAAGUUUUACUUUUAGGAAAGGAAGCAUCAUAACAAUUGUCAAUUCAGAAAUAACGAAAAAGGAAAUUGAAGACGAUGAUAAAAAUAUUACUGAGGUCCUACAGAUGAUAGUGGAUAAUGCUAACAAAAGUGCAUCAAAGCUAAACACAACAGAAGGUCUAAUUAAAAACUCAACUGAUUUUGUGGAGAAGUUACAAGGCCAAGUCAGUGCAUACAAGGCUGCGUUAGACAAAGAUCCGUGUGCUAUGGAGUAUAAUGUGUGUCCGUUGUCAUACUAUUACACAUGCAAACACGAUACAGGUGAUGGCGUGUGCAUGCACGAGUGCGACAAAGAACCCGGAUUUUGUGGGGAAAAUGGGCAGUGUUUUUACGACAUUGCAAGUAGUGUAAAGGCUUGCAGAUGUAAAAGUACCUCGUUUCAUGUGUAUCACGGGGACCGUUGUGAAGAAUCCACGGCGACCAAAGAGUUCGUGUUAGCGGUAUCUCUCGGAGCUGGCGGCGGAAUCAUACUAAUAUUGUUCUUGAUAAUCAUCUGUAUGUGCGCUAGAAGACGAGCAAACUCGAAAAAUAAUCUCAGUGGGUAUGGAGAAUCAGAAUGGGAGUUACCAGCAAAUGAAGUAGCACUAAAAGACCUCAGCUUUAGAUCCGGUGCUGAUAAAACCGGACCUCUGUACGGAAGAUAUCACCGCCAGCCGGGGCAUAUCAACCAGGCAUACGAACCGGUUUUCACUGGAAGUGGUCGUGGCGGACCGUCAGUGUAUCUUCCGGGAGACAAUGACCAGGGUUCGAGUUCAAACACCGCACAGUAUUAUUCUACAAUAGAUCCUGCAGCAGACUCUGAAGCAAAAGAAAGUAGUCGAACUCAAACUGUUUCCGCAAGUAUUCCAUAAAACGACCUCAUGUGUCAUCCCAGCCUAGUGACGUUUACAACAGUAUAUAUUUCGAUAAUACAACAGAAUCACCUGGUGAUACACCAAGACCUCUGAUAACUGACAUGAAGACAACAUUGUGAAUAUGCAUGUUAAAACA